AUGACACAAACCCCCGACCCCAGCCUGCCGCCAACGCCUCGAGCCAUCCGGAAGCCGAAGGAGCUCCCAUUAGAUUCGGACACGGAGGACUUCAACAUGGACACCGACUCAGAGUUGCCACCCUUGCACCUACCGUCUGCGAGCAGUCUACUCACCUUCUCAGGCAACGAUGAGCUCUCCGAUUUGACGCCGGCGCAGCUUUACGAAAUGAACCAGCAACUCAUGAACGACAGCGUCCCGACAAGACCGCUCAUCGACGCCGUAGCGCCCAUGAGCACCCUCCGAUCAGAGUAUGAGAACGGAUCGGCGGCGUUCCUGAAUGAGAUUGACUGGUUAAUAGCGAAUGGGUACGAUUCAGUGCGGCGGACCCGAGGCGAUGGGGAUUGCUUUUAUAGAUCCCUCGGCUUUGCCUACGUGGAAAGUUUCCUUAGCAGCCUGGAGAAAGACUUUGCUGUGGCGAGCAGCCUCUCCAUCCUUUCGGGCACCACAGAAAUAGUCAGCAGAGCUGGCAUAGAGAAGAUGGUGUAUGAAGACUUCUACGAACAGCUCGUCUCCCUGAUUCAGAGCGUCGUCACCCCGGACUCGCAUGGGCUCCUGUUGACGAGUGAACGCCUUCUUGCGGCGUUCCAGGAAGCAGAAGUGUCGAAUUCGAUUGUGAUGUACCUUCGGUUUCUGACGGCAGCCCAAAUCCGCCUCCAUAGAGAAGACUACGAAGGAUUCGUGGUUCAUCCGGAUACCAAGGAAAUUAUGGACGUCGACUCGUUCUGUGCCCAAUUCGUCGAGACGAUGGGCAAGGAAGCUGAUAACGUGGAGAUCCAAGCCUUGUCUAGUGCACUUCACCUCAACCUCGACCUGGCAUACCUCAAUGGCGUUAGGACGAGUGGCGUGGACUUCAUUCCGUUCAGAAAUGAUCCCGACAACAUGGCAAAGCCCCUUGUUCUUCUCUACCGUCCUGGACACUAUGACAUCCUCGUACACAAUACCCGUUGA